GAUUUAGGUGGUCAUGACCAUAAUCUUCUCUGCUACCGUGAAAGCAGGCCAGAGUGAGCACAAGCCAAGAAGGAGAAGAAGUAGCAGCAAUGGGGAACACCAAGAGCAGCAUGUUGUCCAAGGAACUUCUGGAGGAGUUGAAAUCCAACACCAAGUACUCGGAGGCCGAACUGUGCAGCUGGUACCAGUCCUUCCUCCGGGAAUGUCCUGGCGGGAAGAUCAGCAAGGAGCAGUUUGAAGGCAUUUACGCCAGCUUCUUCCCGGAUGCCGACCCCACCGCCUACGCCCGCCACGUCUUCCGUAGCUUCGACACCAACUCUGACGGCACCCUGGACUUCAAGGAGUACAUCGUGGCACUGCACCUGACCUCGGGCGGAAGGACCCGGCAGAAGUUGGAGUGGGCCUUCGCCCUCUACGACGUAGACGGCAACGGGACCAUCAGCAAGAACGAGAUCCUGGAGAUCGUCAGGUCCAUCUUCAACAUGAUCCCAGCUGACGACCAGGAGAGCCUUUCCGAAGAUGAGAACACGCCAGAGAAGAGAGCAGAGAAGGUCUGGUGCUUCUUUGGGAAGAAGGACAAUGACAAAAUCUCAGAGGGCGAGUUCAUCCAAGGGGUUAUGGACAACAAAGACAUCCUGCGUCUCAUCCAGUACGACGAACCUCAGAAGAUUAAAGACAAGCUGAAGGAGAAGAAACAGUAGGCCAGUGUGGUAGUGCGCAGACUGUUUCUGUUUCCCUUUAUGUUGCCAUGGCAACCGCACAGGAAGUGUUUCUCAACAACUAAUUUUGGACCAAAACAAAUCAAGAACAUUGUCACUGUGUUGGGAAUCAGAAUGUGUCUUGAUGACAGUGAACCCUGCAUUCUCGCGAUUCGGCAUUCACAGAUUUUUGGGAGGAUUUUAGCACCAUCUGGUGGCAUCUCGAUGUCAAGGAACUAUGUUGAAGUGAGUUGAGGUGUUUCAUUUAGACAUAAACUCGUUGGACUGACGAGUCAAGCCCACUACAGUAUAUAGAAAUCCCUCAAUCGUUAGGGAGUAGACAUUGAGUGAAUGACUCCGAAUGCAGUCGCUGAGUUUGGAAUCAUUCACCCAUUCUCUUCUCCUGAAAGACUACAAAGGGAUUUUUGGUUUACUUUUUAGGGAACUUUCUUGGUACUAUUUAAAAAUAGGGAGUAGGAAAUGAGUAAAUGAUUCCAAACAGCCUCAAUGACGCCAUAUUUUCAGCUCAUGCUAAGGAAGUUGCCACUGCUUUGGGUUCUCAGUUCCAUGCUGCCCCCCACAGGUCUGGAGUGUCAUGGCAAGAAGCUGUGAAUAAUUAGCAGUAUGCCUCCGCUAAGCUGCUUGCUUGAAUGUGUUUACAAAUGCCCUUAAUUAAGUGCAUGAGGACCCGGCCGGGGGGGGGGGGGGGGGGGGACUCAGGUUAAGCGCAUUAAUCCUGUCAUGAGCUGAAGGUCGAUGCCAAGUGCCCCAACUAAGAAUCCAAUCACAGUCAUUGCACAUUUCAACUUAGUACAUUGAACGUUACAUUUGGGACAGCCUCAAACGUAUUGCAACGCACUUAAUCUCAUUAAAACACACUUUUUUUUUUAAAAAAGUAUUCCUUCGUAGUAUUAGUAAUAAUGCAGCUCCGAAGAAAAUAAACAGAGAGGUAUGUUUUUGAGUCACAUUACAUUUUAUUUUAAACUGUCAACUACUGAAAGCAUAGCUCCCUAAUUCCAACUACAAAUACUGUUUUUUUUAAAAAUAGCAUUUAUUUGCAAAUAAUGAAAACUGGUCAACAAAUUAGUUUUUUUCAGUUUCAUUUAGACAACAAUAGUGCUUUGCCUCCAUCGUCUUGGUUGUUUUUAUUUGCAGGAAUAGUGAAAAUCUGGUUCAUAAGUACCUAGAGACGCCACAAGAUGGUGGUAAAGCACUACUUUUGUCUGAGUGAAACUCCUCAACUUACUUCAAGAUCGUUCCCUGGCACCAAGAUGGCGUCAAAGCACUACUCUGGUCUAAAUGAAACCCCUCAACUCACUUGAACGUAGUUCCUGCGCACCAAGAUGCCACAAGACGGCGCCAAAGUCAUACUUUGGACAAAAACAGUAAAUAAGUGGGUUUAAAAAAAAAAAAAAAGAUACAAAUGUGAAUCCACAAACGCCAAACUGCAAAUAUAAGUGCUCCUACAGAGAAUAUAUUAGGUAAGGGACAAGUGUAACUCUCUGACACUCUUGCUAGACAUAUAGUCUGGAGCCAAACACAGUGCAGCUCAGCUUCUGGCAAGCAGAAGUCAUGGCGAGCUAUAUGGUUCAAACAAAAAAGGAGGCGGUGAGAAUGCAGUUUCCAGCUGUACAGAUUUUGAGCAACCUAAAGAACUAACCUAAUAAUUCACACUGUUGCUGUUGCAUUUGUCGGCAUCCUUCAUUUCCUAAAAAGAAAACAAACUAUUGAUGCUGCCAUUUCCUACAAAGAAAAGAUUCAAGCUUCCCAGGUUUCGUUUUAAAUGCUAUUAAAUCCGUUCCUGUUUACAGAAAACUUGCACCGAUUGUUUUGCAUUUUGUGGCAUCACUGUACCAGGUGUGAAGCUAAACCAGCAACUUAAAACCAAGGUACGCAGCGAACCGUGAUUUUUGGCAAACCAUGACAUCAUCAUCCGAGUAUCGACAAAAUGUGUUCCUUGUCUUUUACGUGUUCUUUUGUCAAAAACGACUUGCUAAAGAGGAUUUGCUUCCUGAUUUACAGUUGCAGAUUUAUUACAGCAGAGGAAAUGAUUGAACAGAAUUACAGACAUAAUGUGGAGGAGGGGGUGCGUUCGGUAUCGAGGAGUGGUUGCCAUAGUGUGGCACGCGGGCUCCCUCUCGUGGUGCUCACUCCGUGGGGAAUGUGGCGAAGUUUUUAGCAACGAAUGCUUGAAACCAUCGCAUCUCCGACGCCAUCUUACAACAAAUCAAGUCGCUUAAGGACAAAUCAAGUGGCGAAAUGGCAGCUCCUUUCAGAGCUUUAGGAAAGUCACCUGACUGAAGUGACCAAUCAUUUGCGAAAUCAGCCAGCACCGUUGCAAAGUCUUCGCAAUAGUUUUGAAAAAGUCAGAUGGUAUUGAGUCAAGACAGCUAGAUGCAGGAACACUUGACAGCUGCUGAAUCGUUUUCUCUUCAGUCUUUUGGUCAAUUAUAUCAAAUCCUGGGUGGUUUUAGGUGUAGCGUUUGAUCAUUUUGCUGAUUUGUGCUGAUGUUUGACCUGAAAAAGCUAAUUCAAUGCAUUUAUGAGUUGUGAGGAGGGGGGGGGGGGCGGUUGUUAACCACAGCAACAGAGUGUGAGUGUUGUUAAGGAUGUUACUAAUGAUGUCAGAAAAAUAUUGUUUCCAGUUUCCUCCCACAUCCCAAAAACAUGCAUGCUAGGUUAACUGAAGAAACCACAUUGUGCACGUGUUACAACAGCGUGGCUUCGUCGUAAAAAAGAGUGCGGGUACUAGACUGGCCUGCCUGCAGUCCAGACCUGAAAAAGUCAAAUUGAAAAUGUGUGGCGCAUUAUGAAGCGUAAAAUACGAUAACGGAGACCCCGGACUGUUGAACAGCUGAAGCUGUACAUCGAGCAAGAAUGGGAAAGAAUUCCACCUCCAAAGCUUCAACAAUUUAGUGUCCUCAGUUCCCAAAUGUUUACUGAAUGCUGUUAAAAGAAAAGGUGAUGUAACACAGUGGUAAACAUGAGCCUGUCCCAGCUUUUUGGGAACGUGUUGCAGCCAUCAAAUUCUAAGGUCAUGAUUAUUUGCUAAAAAUAAUGAAGUUGAUCAGUUUGAAAAUUAAAUAUCUUGUUUUUGUAGUGUAUUCAAUUCACUAUAAGUUGAAUAUGAUUUGCAAAUCAUUGUAUUCUGUUAUUAUUUAUGUUUAACACAAGGUCCCAACUUCAUUGGAAUCGGGGUUGUAAACACAUUUAAAAAACAAACAAACAGUGAUAUGAAGCUCUACCUUCCCAGCAUGCUCCCUGGACAAAAAAAAAAAAAUGUCAGUAUUUUCCCUAGAGUUGUUUCUCCUUCACGUUGCGCUUACAUAACCAAGACCCCAAGUUGACUUUUCCAAGAGGAGCUUUAUUAUUCUUUUAAAUUAUUAUUUACUAUUAAUAUGACGGACAGGAUGCAUUCCACAAUGUGCUCACCAAAAACAUUCCCAAAAACAUGAGACGGAAAGCACACGAGGGCGGGAAAGUUGCGGAGAACAUCUUUCAAACAUUGGAUACACAACAACAAAACACAACAAGUGAUCAGAAAGGACCAUGACAUGGAUGGAGUGCAAUACAGCAUCCAAAUAGAACGCACAAAGCAAAAUGUAUACACACACGCAUGCACACACACGCACGCACACACACACACAUACGCACUGCAUAUGCAUUUAAAGUUAACAACCAACUAGGGUGCGCCACCGGACUGUAUACAUAGCAAAAAUAAAACAGUAGAAAAUGUUAGCGAACUAUGGAUCCUGGAAAAGACCACAUGAAUGUUUUAUUUAUUUAUUUGAUGUUCUUUUCAUAUUUGAAAGUCACACUUGUGAGAUACAUAAGUCAUGUGUGCAACUUGUAAAAGUCGCACCCUCACCUUGUGUAUCUCGCACACACAAAUUAGUAAGUCAUUCCUGCUUUUUACAUAUUUUGCACGCGGCAAUUUGUAAGCCGCACCUGUGGCUUUGGCGAAUCUCGCGCACGUAACUUAGCACGUCACACCCGUACCUUACGUACCUGCGCUUUAUGUAUGGCUUACGCACGAAUUAGUCAGUCGCGCCCGCUGCUUUUACGAAUCUCGCAUGCGCAACUUGCUAAAUCACACCCGCGCCUUACGUUCUUGCUUGUCUGUAUGGCUAAAUAAGUGGUGCGCACGUGUUGUAACUUGUGAGCCCGACAUAAAAAUUCAACCGGUUCAUGUGGUCUCCCAGGUUCCUUACAAACACUUGAGGCACAAGAAGGUUUUCCAGUGUGAUGCCUUCCAACUUUUUCCUGCCUCCCGUCCAGGUUUUCCAAGCAUGCGUUUCCAGCAGCCAUUUUUGAAAAUCUUAAAAUAUUCCAUCACAAGUUCCUCUUGAUAACCAAAAAUAAAAGAGAAUAAUAUCAAGACUUUUUUUUUUUUUUUUUUUUUUUAAACAA